CAAGAAGAAGUGGCAAAAAGUAGUAAAAUAUAUCAGUGCUCUAUUUAUAAACCACGAAUUUAAUAAAAAAAAUAUAAAUAAAUUGAUAAACAAAGUGAAUUUUUUUCUAAAAAAAAUAGUAAACAACUUAAUUUUAUAUAUUUUACAAAAGAUAAACAACAAUAAAACGCAUCAAUAAUGUUUAGAUAAACAAGAGAAAUCAAUUUCAAAAAAGCCACCGUCAAAAAGAUAAAGACCUCAAACAAGAAAGUGCGUCCAUGUUUUGAACAAAAAAAAAGUUUCCUUUUUUUCUUUCAAAAGAAUAUCAAAUUUAGAAAAAAGGACAAAAAAACAAUUAAAAUUCAAAGAAGAGAAAACAAUGUGCUAAUUUGUUUAAACGCAAUGAAUAAAUUCCGGGAAAAACAAUCUACUUUGUUAAUUAUUUAUACAUUCUUUGGAAUUUUACAUCGAUAAGACAAGACAACGCGAUUAACAAUAUUAGGAGUGUCGUUGUGUCUCAUCUGCACACACUGCUCCUUUUCCUGCCUAAGAAACGUCGACUAUGGUCUCUGUUUGUUCCAAAUCCCACCAGCAGCCUCCAAAGCACCACUGCAACCUCUUCCACAAGCUUUAUCAAAUUCAUUCACUUGCCGCUUUAUUUGUUUUGUUUAUUAUAUCGGCCGUUGUAAGUACGUCGAGUGAAAAUCAUCAUCUUCACAAUACAAUUGGUGCCUCGAAUUCAAGACAACAACAAAAUCAAUUUAAUCGACAACAGCAACAAAAUGCAGUAGAAGAUGUGAAUGAAGACGUUCCAUUCUCGUCGGCUGGUGGUGGGUCUGCCGGUCCGACAAAUUGUUGCAAUGAUACAACGAAUAAAGCCGCUCAUCGAUUUGAAGUUAAAUUCAGCACCAAAGUUGUACAAAAUGAAUAUAUUGUGGCGUUUAAUAAUUAUUAUAAAUCAACUGCUAGAGAAAACUAUUUGAAGGCAGCACUUAAUUAUUCAAAUCUUUAUAAAUGGAAAAUAAUUCCCCGAUUAAAUCCCGCCAGUGAUUAUCCCAGUGAUUUCGAUGUUAUUUUACUCGAAGAAGAUCCAAGUUUAUCUGGCUUAGAAGCCCUAAAAGCCCAUCCAGCUGUCAAAAGUGUUACACCCCAACGCAUGGUACAUCGUACCCUCAAAUACAUACCAAUAUCAGAAGCUGAACGUCGAUCAGAAUGGGAAAAAUCACAACAAAAAAAUAACGAAGUUGACGAUGAGGAAGACAUUCGUCUUUUGGAGGAAUUAAUUGAAAGUCUCCCCACGGGCGAUAUCAAAAGAAAACUCCAACAAGUAUUAGAAAUUCCAUCAGAAAAUGUAGCACAACAACAAAAUCAAACAGUUAAUCAAACCAAAGAUGCAAUAAAUAAUCAACAACGCCAUGCCAAUCGGCGUUUGUUGCGUGCUGUGCCACGACAAAUUACAUCAAUGCUUCGAGCUGAUAUACUCUGGGGCAUGGGCAUUACUGGAAAAGGUGUAAAAGUUGCCGUUUUCGAUACGGGUUUAUCGAAAAAUCAUCCACAUUUUAAGCGUAUCAAAGAACGAACCAAUUGGACGAAUGAAAAAUCGCUGGACGAUGGUGUAAGUCAUGGGACGUUCGUCGCUGGUGUGAUUGCCUCGGCAAAAGAAUGUUUGGGAUUUGCUCCUGAUGCUGAAUUGCAUAUUUAUCGAGUUUUUACAAAUAAUCAGGUGUCCUAUACAUCGUGGUUUUUGGAUGCCUUCAACUAUGCCAUUUUGAAAAAAAUCAACGUCCUCAAUUUGAGCAUUGGUGGACCGGAUUUCUUAGAUCAUCCAUUUGUUGAUAAAGUCCUUGAGUUAACAGCCAACAAAGUCAUUAUGAUAUCAGCCAUUGGCAAUGAUGGUCCACUCUAUGGUACCCUCAACAAUCCAGGUGAUCAAAGUGAUGUGAUUGGAGUUGGUGGUAUGAAUUUCGAAGAAAAUAUCGCCAAAUUCAGUUCACGAGGUAUGACAACUUGGGAACUACCUAACGGAUAUGGUCGUCUAAAACCUGAUAUUGUCACUUAUGGCAGCCAGGUUAAAGGUAGCAAUGUUCGUGGAGGUUGUCGUUCACUUUCAGGAACAUCUGUAGCCUCGCCGGUUGUUGCUGGAGCUGUAACACUUAUUGCCAGUGGAGUUUUGCACAAAAUGGAUGUUAUCAAUCCAUCAUCAAUGAAGCAGGCACUUCUUGAGGGCGCCACUCGCUUAUCUGAUAAUAAUAUGUUUGAGCAAGGUCAUGGCAAGUUGAAUAUUCUGAAGAGUAUGAAAAUUCUUUCAAUGUACACACCAAAGGUGACAUUAAGUCCACCAUAUUUGGAUUUUACCGAAGAUUAUAUGUGGCCUUAUAGUACCCAAUCGUUGUAUUAUACAAGUUCUCCUGUGAUUGCGAAUGUAACUAUUCUGAAUGGAAUGGGUGUGACGGGUCGAAUAAUACAUCGACCAACAUGGCAUCCUUAUACGAAGCAAAAUGGAAAUUUGAUAAAUGUUUCCAUAUCUGUUUCGGAAGUUCUGUGGCCAUGGUCUGGAUGGAUGGCUGUUCAUAUUGUUGUUAACGAAAAAGGUACAAAUUUCGAAGGACUAGCUUUAGGUCAUAUAACAUUAACGGUGCAAAGUUUAGCUGGUCCUGAGGAAUCUGAAGCUCGCAAUAGUACAGUCAGCUUUCCGGUUCGAGUGAAAAUCAUUCCAAAACCUCCUCGUCAUAAGAGAAUUCUAUGGGAUCAAUAUCAUAGUUUACGUUAUCCCCCAGGAUAUUUGCCAAGAGAUAAUUUAAAAAUAAAAUCUGAUCCACUUGAUUGGCGUGCCGAUCAUAUUCACACCAAUUUCAAAGACAUGUAUACACAUCUUCGAAAUGCUGGCUAUUACAUUGAGGUGCUAGGUGCCCCCUGUACCUGCUUCAAUGCCUCUGAUUAUGGAACACUGCUUAUUGUUGAUCCUGAAGAGGAAUUCUUUGAUGAAGAAAUAGCCAAGCUAAAGGAUGACAUUUACAUGCAUGAAUUGAGUGUGGUUGUGUUCGGAGAUUGGUACAAUACCACUGUGAUGAAGAAAAUUAAAUUUUUCGAUGAAAACACUCGUCAAUGGUGGAUUCCUGAUACGGGAGGAGCAAAUGUACCAGCAUUGAAUGAAUUGUUAAGCGAAUUUGGUAUUGCAUUGGGUGAUUUUGUUGCAGAAGGUUAUUAUACGAUGGGAGAUCAUAGUAUGUAUUAUGCUAGUGGAUCGACUAUUGUUCGUUUUCCAAAAACAAAUGGUAGUAUUUUAAUUGAAGCUGAUCUACAUGAUCAAGGUUUAGAGAUUCUAAAAACACAAGAUGCAACUCUGAAGGCACGAAAAACCGUUCCUAUCCUAGGAUUGCUUCAGCUUAAUCACGAUCUUCACAAACUCUAUGCUCCAAGUAAUGAUUUUCUUCAAACCAGCUUCGAGGAGAAUGCCAUUGAUCAGCCCGAAAUCGAAUUGGAAGCACAACAAAUCGAUAAAAAUCCAAUUCUCAAUAAAAGAACUCUCCUCGAAGACACCAAUAGCAAUAACAAGGAGAAUAAAACAAAUGAGCAUCGUAUGCUAAAAUUUGACAAUAAUGAGAUUAUAAAAAAACUAGAAAAAUUUGAUGACCUUACAAACGAUGUUGACAUGGCUCACAAUUUAGAUACAGGUUUGGCAGAAGAUGAAAGCAACGAAAAUGACCAAAUUUUACCUCAAGAUGAAGUACCGGAAGCCAAGGUAUCGUCUAUAAAUAAUGAACCAAACAUUAAACGAGCUGAAGGACGUAUAGCUAUUUUUGGUGAUUCCAAUUGUCUAGACUCGACACAUUUGGAAAAACCAUGCUAUUGGCUAUUAGAUGCUCUCCUUGAAUUCACUAUGAAUUCUCAUGUAUCGAAUUUACUUCGUGAUUUGAAUAAAAUCAAUCAAAUAACAAUGCCAGAGAAGAGAAAACCAUUGCCAUCGCGUUUAGCUGGGAGUAAUCUUCAUCAGUAUUCAAAAGUUUUAGAUCCCAACAGUCCAUCAAAAAAACGUGAAAUACCAAAAUGUGUACAAAUGGAUUGGGAACAGCCAAUAUUUCUCAAUUUAACAGCACAGCAUGAUCUAAAACAGCAGAAUGAGCGUAUAAUGGGGGCAGUUGUAAAUCACCAGGAGGAUGGUGAGAUAAGUGCAAAUUUUCUGCGAAAACUUGAAAGCCAAAAAGCCAUUCUAACACCUGAGGAUUUAGAUCUUGGAUCAGCUGGAGCUGGUACAGGUUGGCGUGGUAAAAAAUCUGAUAAUGCGAUGUAUGUAGAUGAUGCCAAUAGCAACAACAACAACAACUACAAUGAUCCACACAUGAUGCAUUUGCGACAAGGUGGAGGUGGACAAAAUAGUGCCGGCGUAGUAGGAAUCAUCAGUAGUAGCAAUAAAAACUCAGAUGAAGAGACUCUCAGUUAUUCAUUGUUAGCUUUAGUUAUAUUAACAUUUUUAGUUUUUAUAUUAUUUAUAAAUUGGUUCAAACGACGAAGAUUAAGUAGCGGUGCUAGUGGUAGUAAUCGUCCAAAUCGCAGUCGACGCUUUUCUUUUUUGGGCAAUCUUGGUCUGUAGCAAUAAAAAAAAUUAAUAAUUUUACAUUUUAAUUGAGAAUGUGUGGAAUCUAAAUUAUAUAAAAAAUUCAUUUGCAUUUUUUUAUAAUAAAAACAUAACAACUUAAUGUGAUUCAUAAUUAAUUGAUUGCUUUUUUUUUUUUUAAUGAGAUUAAAUUCCAUUUCUAUAUUUUAUGUUGCUUCAUGGAAAAAAUGAAUAUAUAUUUUUAUAUUAAUUUUUUUUUGUUUUUUAUUUUUUUUUUACAUAAAAAAUAGAUAAAUCCACACCUUCUUAGAAGUGUGUUUCUGUUAUAAUAGUUUUAUUUAAUUUUUAAUUUUUUUAUUUUUUAAAUAUCUACACAGGAAUUGUUUAGUUAAUUUCUUUAAAAUACAUAUUUUUUUAUAAAAAUUCUACUUUUACGCUGUAUUUAAAACAAAACAAAAACAAAAAAAAAAUGUGUUUGAGAUAAAGUGUCGUUCAAACAACAAAAUAAAAGAAACUAUUGGAA